AAAAAAAAACCAAUCAAACAGCCUAACCGUAAAUCACAUACGGAAAUUCUGUUGUUUAAUGUUUGGCUUCUUGUGUGUGUACACUGAGCCCUUUAAAUAAGCCGAAUAUAAACAGCAAUAUAAUUUUUUUUCCUUCUUCUUGAUAAGAAUACAAACAACAAUUCAAACGUUGUUUGUUUACAGUGAGGCGAAUCGAAAGAACACAUUUGAGUGUUGAAUAGUUCGAAGAACGAGUGUUAUCUUUUGAAAUCAUGGCAAAAUAACGUAUAAUACACAUUCCAAAGCCCUAAGCUGUAUAAAAAAAGAAUUGGUUUUAUUGAGAGAAACCGAAAUUGCGUAAUAUUUGGAUUUGUGGCGAAAUAAGACACCGCAUUUAAUUAGAGCCAUAAAACCCAAUACACGAUUGAGUGAGAGAGAGAGAGGUACACACGAUGUAUAUGUGACACCCACAGCUCUUUGGGAAAAUUGAAACGCUUUGCCUACUCCUCUGCUCUUUAUCCCUCCGCAUCAUUUUGCUACAUCUCAACAGAGACUAUGCCAUUUAUGGUCAAGUUCUCACUCACUCGCGAACCAAAUAUAAUAUAUACAUACAUUUCUCAACACAUUUGCUUCGAGUGUGAAUUCGAGUCAUUCUUGCUUUUUUUCAUUUUUUCUCUGUAUUCUUUUUUUCUUUGAAAACUGCACCGAUCAUCAAAUUUUAAACUUCUGAUCUUUAUCGCCGCAAUUUAUAACGGUGAAAUAUUAAAUUACAAAACGUGAAACUCUAUCGAAUAUGAUUGGAACAAAGAUGCGAAAAACCCUAAAGUAGCAUUUGAAUCCAACGGAUUUAUUUGUAAAAAAAAUUCAAAGUGCAAAAUUACGUUUAAGUCGAAUAAGUUCAUUCAGGUUAAUACACAUACACACAUACAAAAUGCCUUCACCAACAUCAACCGUAUCAUCCGCGGCUGUUCCAGCUGCCGCGACUAUCGAUGAAAUACCACCAGAAUUGAAUGGCGUGCGACAAACGGACAGCAUGUCAAAUUUGAGUGACAUGUCUGGUAAUACGGCAGUACAAGCGAAUCGACCGCGUAUGGACGUUGCCUGCGUCAUUGACACCGUGCAUGUGGACCACAUAUCACAUCGUAAAUGUGCACUCGAUGAACUCAAACAAGCAUGCUCCCUCACCAAUGCCAAUUUGCAUCAGAUUCAGUUUGAAAAAUUGGAUUUUGGCGAAACGAAUGUGUUGGACACAUUCUAUAACGCAGAUGUGGCUGUUGUUGAUCUAAGCGUUCAAUUGCAACAAAGUGCCUUAUCGUAUCAUUUGGGUGUACGCGAGAGUUUUGGCAUGAAAGGAAACAUUCUGCUGUACAACGAUAUCCAAACCGAACAAACGCUUCGGUUGAAACUGUCAUGUGGCAACUACACGUUUCUUCCAUACAUUUUACAAGAUUGUGGCUCGUGCGUGCUAACAAACACAACAAAAGAAUCGUGUGAAAACAAGCAAUCGCUCAUGCUGAAGUUCAAAAAACUAUUGCAAGACGUGGAAAUCCAGUCAAAGACACAUAUGCGAGAGAAAUUCCUGAGCGAUUUGCGGUUGGCUCGUGAGCAAUAUGUGAAUAAUACGGAGGAAUUGGCGAAAGUGUUGCACAAUAUGCGUAAACGUUUGGACGAUCCGAAUGUGUUGUCGGGCGAAGUGGUGCAUUCGUAUAUGUGCUCGUUGCGUGAUACACAAGAUUAUGAUGCAAUGGUGUCGCUGGUCAACGACUUGCGUACAAUACCAAACAAACGGAAGCACAUCGAAACGGGCAACAUGAAAUACAUGUACGCCUUUGCAUUGAAUCGACGAAACAAGGAAGGCGAUCGUGAAAAAGCGCUCAACACCUGUGUCAAAGCAUUGGAACGAAAAGAGAACCAUUUUCCCGAUAUGUUAUGCUUAUGCGGUCGCAUUUACAAAGACAAAUUCGUUGAAUCGAGCCACACCGAUAUGGACAGUCUGAAGAAUGCCAUACGAUGGUAUCGACGAAGUUUCGAAGUGCAACCGAACGAAUAUGCAGGCAUUAAUUUGGCGACACUCCUUGUGAUCGAUGGCAAAGAUUUUUCCAACACAGAAGAGCUCCAACACAUCGGUAUGGUGUUGAACAAUUUGAUUGGUAAAAAAGGCAGUUUAUUUUCGUUGACUGAGUACUGGGAUGUGGCAACAUUCUUUGAAAUAUCCGUGCUGGCUGAAGACUAUGGCAAAGCCAUUCAAGCCGCUGAAUGCAUGUUCAAAUUGAAACCACCGAAUUGGUAUUUGAAAUCUACCAUUGGAAACAUUGCAUUGAUCGAUCGCUUCCGCAAAAAGACUGAUGACGUCGAACAAAGUCCUGAACAAAGUAUUUUCCAGUUUUGGAUGGAGUUCUUCCUCGAAGCAACCAAGGAGGGCGAUCUGGAGAAUAUUCGAUUUCCCAUUUUGAUAUUGGAGCCGCAACGAAUAUUCAUGCCAAGUUUCGUUAUCAUUAAUGUUGGUGCCGAAGAGCAAUCGAUACAAAUUACCAAUUUGUGCCUGGCACAUUCGAAGGGAACGUGCAAAAAAGUGCACGACUUCCUGUUCACCGCCAAUCAAAUCAAAUCGGUUAGCCUGUACAAACGGGACGAGCGUUCGGCUUACUUAUAUGUACAUCACAAUUCAGAUGAUUUUCAAAUGUAUUUCCCAUCGGUGAAUUGUCGACAGCGUUUUUAUGAGUUGGUGCGUGAAAUAACCGCCGAUCAAGAGGUGUUUGUCGAUUUAUCGGUCGAUACAAAUCCCAUUCAAGAUUAUGAAUACGAUUUGGACGAUCAAGGACGGCGUAUAAUAUUGGGCAAAGGUACUUAUGGCGUUGUUUUUGCGGCACGUGAUCUUAAUACUCAUGUUCGAAUCGCUGUAAAAGAAGUACCUGAAAAAUUUACACAUGAAGUACAACCAUUGCACGAAGAAAUCAAAUUGCAUUCCCAAUUACGGCACCGGAAUAUCGUCCAGUAUUUAGGUUCUGUGUCGGAAAAUGGAUUUUUCAAAAUUUUCAUGGAACAAGUACCUGGUGGCUCAUUGUCCGCACUAUUACGCUCCAAAUGGGGCCCACUUAAAGAUAACGAAUCGACCAUCGCAUUUUACUCAAAACAAAUUCUCGAAGGUCUUAAAUAUUUGCACGACCAAAAAAUUGUGCAUCGUGACAUCAAAGGCGAUAAUGUUCUGGUCAAUACCUACAGUGGAGUGUUGAAAAUCUCCGAUUUUGGUACCAGCAAACGGUUGGCAGGAAUAAAUCCCAUAACGGAAACAUUUGCGGGAACAUUGCAAUAUAUGGCACCCGAAGUCAUCGAUCAAGGAUUCAGAGGUUAUGGUCCGGCGGCCGACGUCUGGUCAUUCGGUUGUACGAAUGUCGAAAUGGCAACGGGAAAACCGCCAUUUGUGGAAUUGGGAUCACCACAGGCGGCCAUGUUUAAAGUUGGCUUUUACAAGAGCCAUCCAGAAAUACCUGAAAUGUCCUCAAUGGCCGAACGUUUCAUUUUGCGUUGUUUUGAAGUUGACGUCAACAAACGUGCAACAGCCGCACAACUCCUUGAAGAUCCAUUUUUAUCGGAAAAGCAUCGAAAAUCGCGCAUAUUGUCGGGCUUACCGCCAACUAAUACCGAAUUCAUUCGAAGUGUCUCCGUUCCGGCCGAUCGAAUGAUUUCAAAAAAUACGGCACCAUUCAAUCCAGUGACGACACCAGUGACGCCCGAUUUGGAUACAUCUAUGUCAGCCCGACCAUCAUCGAAAACAUUAUCUCGAACUCAUUUGGCACCAAUUCAAAUACCCAUUCCAAUUAUAAUGACCCACAGUUUGGCUUGUUCACCGUUAAUCGAUCCGGAUCAUGAUGUUGAGACGGCGUUCAAUUUGAAUCGGCGCAGUUCAUCGGGUGUUCUAUUAUCGCCCGAAGUCGAAAUGACCGGCAGCAUAACAAAGCCAAUGACUGAAGCUAACGAAAGCGAUGGAUUUUAUAUGCUUAAAAAGGAUUCGCAACGUCGAACCACCCUAUCGAAAGUAUUAACACAUGAUGAGCAAAAAAUCUGUGAUGUUUGGAUGGACAAAAUUGAAAAUAACCAUAAUGUUCAGGUCGUCAUUAGUAAAGAGAACCUUGAAACAAUGAACCGAGCAUUACGAGAUUAUAUUAUCGAUCAAAAUAAUGAAACUUUACAAAAUGUGCUAAUUUCGCUAAAAAAGAAGCUAAGCUCCGAUGCAACAGCCAUCGAUCAUCUUCUUUUGGCAUUAUAUUCAUUUCAAGAUGCCGUCAAUACGGUGCUUCGAUCGCACAGUAUAAAACCGCAUUGGAUGUUUGCGUUGGAUAAUCUAGUUAGUAAUGCUGUCCAAGCAGGAAUCACCGUUUUGUCGCCAGAGUUGGGUGCAAGUUUGGCGGGCCAAGAUCGAUUGGACAAUGCCGAAGAGGAGGAAAUGUCAACGUCUGGCGUAAGCACGGUGAAUUCCACGAAAAUCAAACCAAUCAGCGCUGACAGUAAAUAUUUGAACGAGGAAUUUUCCAAAUUAAAAGUGCAAAAUAUGCAUCUCAUGCAAAACCUACUUGAAUCACACAAACUGUAUCAGGCCUUGUUAAAAUCGACAAUCGAAGAGCAACGCCUUAAUUUAGAUUUGCUACGCAAUUUCACCGCUCAACUGACAAAUUCCACGGUGCUCUAUGAGCGCAGCGUUUCACAAGGUUAUUCCAGUGAUACCAGCGACAUGGCGAUAGGUCGCAAUCAAAAUGAGAAUUUAUCUGUAUCGCCCGUUUCACAAAUGCCAAAUUCCAUCACCGAAGUGGAUGCCAUCAACAAUAAUCGAAAUAUGGAACCGAAUUUGCCACGAAAAACCGGCCUAUUGACCUGUCCAAAUCAAUCCAAAUCAGACGCACAGCUAAAAGCAUCACCCGGAAAACGAUUACACAUUAGCCGAGAUCAAAUGGCUACGUCAAUACCAGUCGAAACGCGCCUCAAUGACUGGCUAAAUGCAACUAACAUUGAUCCCAUGUCAAAAACGGCAAUCCUAUCGGAACAAUUUACGUACGAUGAUUUUAUUUAUGGAAUGGAAAAAACCGAUUUGCAACGCAUUGGAUUGAAAUGCGGAGUUGAGGUAAAAAUCUGGCGUGCAAUAAUGAAACACCGGAAACAAUUCCCCGAACCAGCACCCGAAUGAAUCGGCAGCAUACGAUGAAACAAUGAGAUUGUGGGAAAUCACGAAAAAAAUAUACAGAACAAAAUAAAUUUAUGAAAAUCAGCAGCUAAUCCGUUUAAUGUGACUUUUCUUUUUUGCCAUAUUAGCAAUAUAUACGAUGAAUACGUUUUUUUUUAUUAUCAUCAUCACGUUGAUCAUAGUGAUUUCUAAUUUGUUUUUUUUCCCUUCGAGAGACAUAACUUAUCUUGUUAUUUUGAUACGGAAAUAACUUGUUUACACUGCACUUCACAUUCGCACAUCGAAUUGGCAGCUAGGCAGCUAAUGUUAUAUAUAAAUAUUUUAUAAUAAUCAAGUGAAGAACGUACCAUAAAAUAUUACAAAAAUAAAUAUAAGAAAUACUUAUAUAUUUUUUUUAAAUGGAAAAUUGUCAUACAUACAGAAAAUUAUAGAUCUGUUUUAUUUUGUUGUCAUUUUAUUCUACGGAAAUGUGAGAAAGAGGAGAGCGAGAGAAGGGAAAGAAAAUAAAAAUGCGAUUAAAUUGCACA